GCGCUAUUGAGGUAGCAUGAAGAAAUUUGUUAAAUGUAUUUGUAAAUAAACACCUACACCAAAGGUGCCAGUCCAGGCAGAAGCGCUCGUAAUUUUACAAUGCUAAUGCUGCGUCGUCUAGUCGGCUAUAGUGCCCUGGGUGCCGGCCUUAUUGGCACAGCCCGUAGUCUGCAUACAAAUGACUAUGAUCUGAAUUCUUUGGGAUUGGUCCGACUCACGCGGUCUGCAUGUGCGGUCGUCGAUGUGGCGUUGACCUACAAACGGGAACUCUACUACAGGGAAUGGGAUAAAUCCACACCAGAGUACAAAGCGGAGAAGAGUCGUGUCCACAAAAUUGCCGCCGAGAAGCUUCUGGAACUGAUAUGCACAAAUCGUGGAGUCUACAUCAAAGUGGGCCAACAUAUUGGCGCUUUGGAGUAUCUGCUGCCCAAGGAAUUCGUGCAAACAAUGAAGGUCCUACACUCGGAUGCACCACAGAAUCCCAUCGAAGAUUUAUUUAAGGUCAUCAAACAGGAUUUAAAGCAAAAUCCUGAGGAUAUAUUCGAUAGUUUUGAACGAGAACCACUGGGAACAGCCUCCCUGGCUCAAGUUCAUAAGGCGCGUCUGAAAACGGGCGAAAUUGUCGCUGUUAAGGUCCAGCAUCCGUAUGUAAAGGGUAAUAGCCUGGUGGAUAUGAAGACCAUGGAAUUGGCUGUCAAAAUGUUGGCUAAAAUAUUUCCCGAUUUCAAAAUCCAAUGGCUGGUGGAAGAGUCAAAGAAAAAUCUGCCAAUUGAAUUGGAUUUCCUCAACGAGGGUCGCAAUGCCGAGAAGGUGGCCAAACAAUUUGUGAAGUACGAUUGGCUAAAGGUUCCCAAAAUCUAUUGGGAACUGAGCACAUCCCGAGUAUUGGUCAUGGAGUAUCUAGAGGGUGGACAUGUCACCGAUUUGGAUUAUAUAAAGAAGAAUCAAAUAGACACGUUUGCGGUGGCCAAUCGAAUUGGACAAUUGUAUUCUGAAAUGAUAUUCUCCACCGGCUUUGUGCACAGUGAUCCGCAUCCGGGCAAUAUAUUAGUACGAAGGACGCCGCAGCAUAAUUUAGAAAUCAUACUGCUCGAUCAUGGUUUAUAUGCCAAUUUAACGGAUAAAUUUCGUUAUGACUAUUCCAAUCUUUGGCUAAGCAUAUUGAAUGUGGAUCGCAAGGCUAUGCGCAAACAUAGCGAACAAUUGGGCAUUAAGGGGGAUCUAUAUGGUCUCUUUGCCUGCAUGGUAACAGGACGUCCUUGGGAGACAGUAAUGCAGGGCAUUAGUAAAGUUCAAUAUUCCAAAGAAGAGAAAAAUACUCUCCAAAGUAAUACCUCGCUGGUGCUGCCUCACAUUUCGGAUGUUCUCGAACAGGUGGAUCGUCAAAUGUUGCUCAUAUUGAAAACGAAUGAUCUAAUACGUGGCAUUGAGUCCACACUGAAGACCCAGAAUCGCAUGACUGCCUUCUGGGUAAUGUCCAAGUGCUGUGUACAAUCAUCCUAUGCCGAACAAAGAAGUCAUACGCAGCUGAGCAGGAGAACGCAGACAUGGCUAAGUCUAAAGGAACGCUGGGACUUAUUCAAAUUGAAUAUCUACUACCUCUACUUGGGACUGAUUAAUUUCGGUUUCCUUACCGCACUCAAACAGAUUUUAUAAAAACAGACACACACAAAGUACAAAACAAAUGAAAUGAUAAAGAUCAAGUUUACCUCGUUGUCUUUGGAGGGCCAAAGCUCGUGCAUUGGCUUCUUUUUUGCGUUGCAUGGCACUCUAUUUGUUGGUUUUUAGAGACACAGAGAGACGGAAUAGAUAAAGAUUUAAAGACAAAUUAGAUAAGCACAAAGUUGAAACGGAUGGGGUCAGGUCAUGCUUACAAUAAUGAGAGCCGUAGGCAACAAAAAAAUAAAAAGGAAUACUAGAAACACAUAAACUCCAUAUGUCGGAUAGAAAUAAUAAAAUGGUGCAUCGUAAUCUUCAUUUGGAUAGUCAUUGAAUGGAGUAGUAGUUUCCCAAGAAGAAUUGUAUACAAUCGAAGUUUUGUAAUCCGUUAUGUUAAUUGUGUAAUAACUUGUUGUUGCCGUUGUAUUCACAGAUGGAGCCAUUCUUUUUUUUUUAAGACUGAAAACUUGAACCGAAAUAUAUGUAUUUCCGUGUCGUUGCGUGGGCGUUUGCUCGUUAGUGAAUCAAAAUCGAAACUAAAGAAAAAAACCUGACCGACAAAUUGAUGAUUGCCCGACCAAACACCUCCCCAUGGGUCAGGUUCACCUAUACAGACAGAGAGAUAUUUGCUUUGUAAUCAUUAGCUGAUAAGGCAUGAAGGAUUUCAGUAGCUUACAAGUUUUUUCUUGUUUUUUUUUUUUUUUUUUGGGGCUAGGUAACGAAUGUUUAUCAAAUUCUGAUGAUACGAUAAAUAUGUGCGCAAAAUAGAUAUGCAUUGUAUAUAAUAUAUACAUAUAUUCUACACUGACAAAUUCCAUGAUUUAUUACCUUUUUUUUUUUUUUAA